AUGUGUGGAUGGAGGUGUUUCUGCAGCAGCCCGCAGAAUACGUUACAGACCAGAGGCUUCUUCGAGAAAUUCUCAAUUCCACCAGGGUAUCAGCUUUUUGAAGAUGCACGCAUGCUUGCAGAGAAAGGUGUGUUUUCUCUCAAUCAAUGGAAGGAAUUUGGACAGAAAAAUACGGUUCCCCUUCGUACAAAAGGCAGACUCGAUGCAGCUCUUCAGCAGGCGGAGGAUGCAGAGAAAGAAAGGUGGGAAAACGAAAAACCUCCCAGACAACCAUUACCGGAGGGAUUCUACGAGUCCGUGUUUAACGCAACGUGGAGUCACGUCAUGGGGUUUCCUGAGGACGAAGGGGAAGACAUGGUGGUGAGAGAGGGCCAACGGCCGCAAGAGUUAUGGGAGUACACGCAGACUGUGCGUACUUUUUUCUCAGUGGGUGGUGAUGAGCAAUUCCGUCCACCAUGCCCAAAACACAUGAUCCUUUCCUCUGAACAGCGAUGGCCGUACUUGCUGAACCAUGCAGUGCCUAUUGCCGACUGCUACAUUAACAUUGAGGUGCAUCGAGUGUGGAAGAUCGUCGAGGGCGAUCUAAAAGGAGUGUUUCCCCCCUCACGUCUAAACGCACCUAAAAUGAGACGUCGUCUUUUGAUUGGAACCCCCGGGGUAGGGGAGUCAAUGGCGGCUGGCUCCUACCUCCUUUAUCAGCUGCUGCAACACGGCGCCACAGAGCUCCAUGUGGUUGUGCACUGCUUUGGAAGGAAUUUCGCAUACUUGUUUAACAAGAGGACACGAACGGUGACAAUAUACGAGGGUGAGAAUAAUAUUGGAAGGGUUAUGGUAAAUUUGGCUAGGAGUGGAAUGAAGGGGUAUAUCAUCAUCGAUAUGGCAAUACAUUUUCGAGAACCAUCGAAUGAUGUUGUGCUCUCCCAUGAGUGGGGCAUCAUUAUGUUGUCGUCCCCGCACGAAGAUAACCUGAAAGCAUGGACGGAGCAGGCGGGUGCUAUCAAAAUCAUCAUGAAUUGCCCUGAUGAAAACGACGUGAAGGCGAUAUGUGCGUGGGAGAUGCGCAAUACGACUGAAGAGGAGCAGGUGGAGUAUUGGAGAAGGAUGCACAUGCGCAUGGAUGACGUCGGACCGAUUCCACGAUGCAUCUUUCAAUUCAAUGAAUAUGAGGAUCGCGUGGAGGAAAUCAAGGACAUCCUGGAAGGUAUCGACGCUUCAAAUGCUGUACAUUAUGGGAUGGUUGGAGGUGUGGAAGAGUGGCCCUCGAAUGACGCACCUCACAAACUUAUGAAAGUUGUCAGAGCAAUAAGACAACGCGAUGUUGAGGAGUUUGUUAACCUGCCGGCCUGUUUUUCCAUUGAAAGCGAAUUAAUUGCAAAGUUGCUCGAAGUGAGUGAGGAGAAUGGCAUUAUUUUUCGACUAUUGAAGUACCGGAGAGUGUUGUUGCCGGAACUUUUGGAGCGGUACACUCUGCUCGCAUUCCUGCGUAGAGUCUUUGUGGAAAAUAUAAUGCCGGGCCUCAACGAGUUGCCUCCACCAGGAAGUCGUCAGCAACAGAGAUGUGUGCAGCAAUCGAACCCCGAAAAGCAUCCAAGCAGACCUGUUGCAUUAAUAGCGCUGGACCACACUUCUCCGAUGUUGGAUGUACAAUACAAGGUGCUAUACCUACCGGAGAGCAGAACUUUUCCGUUUGUGGACGGUUUUUUUGUUCGUUGGCGCACCGCGGAGGACGAUGGUUGCGGUGCACGUGAGACGGUGAGGGCUGAGCAUGGCACCCAAGCCAGCACGGUGAGGCGGUUCAACAGUCUUCUACGCAGUUAUUUUAAUAACUGGGAAACUUUUGCGGAAGGCUUGUCGUGGGAGAUUAUUUACGUGCAGCAUGAGGACAGUACGUCAAUAAACGCGUGGCAGGGAUGUGUUCUCGUCGUGCACGCAAAUGUAACGGGCAGCAAUGAGCGUGAGGACCCUCGGGCCAUCGCGGCAUUUUGGAAUCAGCAGGUGCGUCAGUGCGAGGUAGCCGUAUCAGCUGAAAAUUUCAGAAGUGAACGACAAACCCAACGUGGGCGGCAACCAGAGGGAGAAGGAAAAGGAGGAGGGGAACAAGCAGCUUGA